CGGGCCCCGACUGUGGAACUUCUAUCUUGGGUUCAGAAAAGCGCUAUUACAGUGUCUCCCAACUCUCACCUGCUGUUGUCUCCCAGUUUAGCUGUAGUUGGCAUGACUUGCCAUCUCCAGUUGGGGGAUAAGAACCAGCACUCCCGCACAACACGUACACUGACGAGCAAAUUCCUAACACAAACUAUAACGUGACAAAGACCUCCAGGAAUACAGUGUUUCACAGAUACAGUGAAGAUGGUGCGCGUGGUGGUGGUAGGUGGGGGGGUCAACGGUGUUGGCAGCGCCCUGGCCAUUCUUCACCGUCUACCAGAGUGUGACCUCACCAUUAUCACCCAGGACCUGACCCCUAACACAACAGGUGAUGGAGCUGCGGGGUUUUGGGGACCCUACUUAAGUUUCGGCACACCACCCGCCAAGAUAAUCCAGUGGUCGCAAGAGACUUGGAAGUUGUUCAGCAAGUGGUACAAGAGCGAUCAGCCGAUGGGUGUCUCGCUUGUGUACGGGGAAAGCAUCUGCCGCGACCCUCUACCGCUGGAACCCUGGCGACACCUUCCCUUAGCCUACCGUCAGCUGAAUUACCAUGAGUAUACCAAACAUGGCCCAGAGUACCGGUAAGUAGCCUACCAGUGUACUGCGCACA